GAAACGCGUUUGACAUACUCAGAUUGUCCCUCUCUUCUUGCAGUAUAAACUACGGACCCCACCCAUGCUUCUUUUUCACAACAAACAUUCUGAAAAUGAAAUAGCGAUGAAUGCGGAAAAUUAUGGACAAAAAAGUACUUUGAGCUGUUGUGAUUUGCCCUGGUUAACGCUAGAAAUCGUGUCAACAAUCUAGCCAACUUCAUAGCCUCCCCCGACAGUCUGCACUAGCUGUAGCUAGCUAAAUGUAUUUUCCUGGGAGUGUUAAGCUUUCAUAUAUACAGUCAUUGGUUAAGAUAGCUAGCUAGUUAUUAAUGAAGUAAUUUAGCUCAAUCGAUGUUAGUUUUUAUCUAGCUAACUAGGUAACUAGCUAUAAGAUAGCAACUCACCAGAAGACAUCCCAAUGAUUAGUAUGAGAUAAGUCUUCAUCCCUUCUCAAGAUGUUUGCAGAGCUCAACAGUAUUCUCAAUACCAGUCCCGACAGCUUCAAGCAGGGAGAGUUUAUCUUGGUGUCUGACAGACACACAGACGCGUCCUUCCUCAUUCACCAUUUCCUCUCCUUUUAUUUACGAGCGGGCUGUAAGGUGUGUUUCCUGGGUCUUGUGCAGUCCUUCAGUCACUACAGUGCAAUCAGUCAACGUUUGGGUGUGAGUUUGACCCAGGCUAGGGAGAAAGGGCAGCUGGUGUUCUUAGAGGGACUGAAGGAAUCCUUGGGGGUACUGCUUCAGAGGGAGGCCAGUAAAGGAACCCGAGCAGUGGACUUCCUCAGAGAUCCCAGUUCUGGCCUGCAUGGUCUAUAUGACUUUGUGCGGGACAACGUAAGGGGGGCUGUGGGGGGAGGUGGUGGUGAGGAGUGGGGUUCCCCUGUGCUCCUGGUGGAUGACCUCAGUGUGGUCCUGAGUCUGGGGGUCAGUGUUGGAGCGGCGCUGGACUUCAGUCAUUACUGCAGAGCCACUGUCUGCUCCGAGCUGCAGGGCAGCAUGGUGAUGUUAGUGCGAUGUGAGGCGGAAGAGGAGGAGAGUGAUGACGAUGGCUCAGAGCGGCUCCUGAGGGGCCUUACACACCAGUGCAGCCUCACACUCCAAGUACAGGGUCUCCCCACCGGCUACUGCAGGGACAUCCACGGACAAGUGGAAGUGUGCUGGCGAGGACAAUGUGACAGGCAGCAGACCCAGAAGAAACUCUUCCAGUACAAGGUCCACGACAAGGGGGCUUCCUUUUUCGCCAGGGGGACGUCCAGUGCAGUCCUUUAACCCCUCAAUGGAUCCCUUCUGCCUCCCUUCCCAGUGUCGAUCCCCAGUCCCUUACCUCUUUCAGUCACAUGGCUCCCUGGGCUCAACCAUAGAGAAUGAUAGAUGCCUGUAGUGGCCAAAAGGCCGUAUUAGCAUGGGCAGCUAUUGGGCCAUUGGGCUUCCACCAUUUUAAAGUAGUCAACCUCAUGAGACUUCCAACUUCAUUGGCUGAUCGCGCCUGGUGACCCUGUUGGAGUCAUGUCCAACCGGGUUAUCAGGAGGAAUCAGCCAAUCAUGAAGAAGAAAAUUGACUACUUCAAAAUGGAGAUUGCCUCAAUGGCGCUGCCUAUGCUGUCACAGAUGUUAUUUUGGCACAGAUACAAAGAUGAGUCCUCUAUCUAUCUCUAUGGGCUCAACACACAGGCCAGGAGGUUUGCAAUUUAGGACAACAAAGAUGCUGGAUUAUGGUCAUGAUCAUGAAACAGGUUGGGAUCAGUUUUGAACUGGAGAUGUGGUAUUGAAUUGAACAUUGGAUUUCCGCUUUAGAACCAACCGGGCACAUGCAUUGCAAAGCUGACAUAGGAAGCCUGAGUGAAUAGGUAAUUUCUCAAGCGACAUGGGAACUGACCUGACUAGGUUGCACUUGUUAUACAUUUAAAAAAAAACAAUAAACAGCAUAUUUAAGAGAUAACAAA